UUUGCGAUCUAUCCGUGCUUGGUGGGAUCGAUUUCACCGAACAAAAUUGAUUUCAAAAGGAAACGUUCUUCAUUUUCUACGCGACAGAAACAGACAGUGUUCGUUGUCAAGUGAACUAUCAUUCCCUCUAAAUUAUGAUCAAUCGUUAUUCUUGAGUUUCAUCGAGUUUCGUCAUAAAGUUUGAAUCGUAAUAAUCACCAAUGGGAACCUUGCAUUCGAAGGAUAUGCGUGAUGGAGCACGUCGCAGAAUGCUCCAAAGCUCCAGUACUCAUUUAGCGUGUGACAGUAAAUCUUCGACGAUGUCGAGCCUUCAAAGGGAUCAACUUGGCCAGCGGGGACAGGGCGAUGUCGUCUGUUCUAGUUUAUUACGUGGUAUUGAUCAUCUAAAAAAUCCCCAGUUAAAUAAGGGGAUGGCCUUUAAUAUUGAGGAGAGACAGACAUUAGGUAUUCAUGGUCUAUUGCCAGCAGCUGUAAAAACCCAGGAAGAACAACUAGAACUCUGUCGCUUGAAUCUAGAUCGCUAUGAUGAUGAUUUAUCAAAAUAUAUAUACCUCAUUGGUUUACUGGACCGAAAUGAAAAACUUUUCUACCGUCUAUUGGGAGAAAAUGUGGAGAAAAUGAUGCCCCUGGUAUACACACCUACGGUUGGUUUAGCAUGUCAGAAAUUUGGCCUAAUUUACAGAAGACCACGAGGUCUGUUUAUAAGUAUAUAUGACAAAGGCUAUAUAUAUGAUAUUAUGUGUAAUUGGCCUGAACACGAUGUACGAGCCAUCGUCGUAACCGAUGGUGAAAGAAUAUUGGGACUGGGUGACUUAGGGGCCUAUGGAAUGGGAAUACCAAUUGGAAAAUUGUCUUUGUACACCGCUUUGGCUGGAAUUAAACCUCACCAGUGCUUGCCAAUUACUCUAGACGUUGGUACAAACACUCAGUCUCUGUUAGACGAUCCUCUCUACAUUGGCCACAGGCACAAGCGUGUUAUUGGUGAGGAAUACGACGAAUUUUUGGACGAAUUUAUGCAGGCUGCCGUCAAAAGAUACGGACAAAACACUUUAAUCCAGUUUGAAGACUUUGGAAACGCCAAUGCGUUCAGAUUACUUAAUAAAUAUCGCGAUCACUACUGCACCUUCAACGACGAUAUCCAGGGAACUGCAUCAGUAGCUGUAGCUGGUUUGUUGGCAUCUCUUCGUGUCACGAAUACGAAAUUGUCGGAGAAUACAAUCGUCUUCCAAGGUGCUGGAGAGGCUUCACUGGGCAUUGCAUGGUUGUGUGUCAUGGCCAUGCAGAAAGAAGGUGUGAGUAAAGCAGAAGCCAAGAGUAAAAUUUGGAUGGUCGACUCGAAAGGAUUAAUUGUUAAAAAUCGUCCAAGCGGUGGGCUGACGGAGCAUAAGUUGCACUUUGCUCGAGAUGAUGCGCCAAUAGAUACGUUAUUGGAAGUUGUCAAAACCGCAAAACCUACGGUACUUAUUGGUGCAGCAGCAGUUGGUGGUGCGUUUACCACUGAAAUAUUGGUAGAAAUGGCAAAUAACAAUGAAAAGCCUGUAAUUUUUGCUCUUAGCAAUCCAACAAGUAAAGCAGAAUGCACUGCUGAGCAAGCAUACACUGCUACAAAGGGAAAAUGUGUAUUCGCUAGUGGAUCACCGUUCCCACCAGUGACGUACAAUGGAAAGACUUUCUAUCCUGGUCAGGGAAAUAACAGUUAUAUCUUCCCUGGAGUAGCAUUGGGCGUCAUAUGUUGUGGUAUGCGUACUAUUCCUGAAGACACGUUCCUAGUUGCUGCCAAGUCAUUGUCCGAUAUGGUUUCUGAGGAAGAUUUAGAGAAAGGAAACUUGUAUCCGCCACUCCAGGACAUUCAGAAAUGUUCUUUGAAAAUAGCCGUUGAAGUUAUGAAGUAUGGUUAUGACAAUGAACUUGCUACGGUUCAUCCUCAGCCCAAAGACUAUGAAAAAUUUAUUCAGGCACAAUUGUACGAUACAACUUACAAGCCAUCAGUUCCUCCAGUGUACAAAUGGCCCAAAAUGUAAUUCUGACUGUCAUCGUCUUAUAUGUGAGGCUUUGAUAAAAUUUGAGUAGAUCGAUUACACAGAUGUACGCAACAUUUGCCUAACAAUGUCGAUUUUUUUAUUUGGUAUGGUAUUGUAAUUGCCUGUUGACCAGGUUCGUAUAUAAAAUUUCUGUUUUACGUGCGCGUGUAUGAGCAACAUGUAUGAGUGUGUAUUGUAAAAAGUAUCUUGUCGAAAUAUUGUAUAAACGUAUGUAACGCAAUGAUGUAUUGGACAACUUUAAAUUAUUGGGAUGAAAAAUUUGAUUUACUAGUUGGAAAAAUAAAUGUCAAAUAAUUAUUUGAAA